UCUUGCCGUUGCACACACUAAAACCCUUCGCUUCGCAGUUCUCACCUCUGCCUCCCGUUCUCUCUCCCACCGUCGCCUCUGUUAGUGGCGGUUGUCUGUCUCUUCCGCUAUCUCUCAGUAUCUCGCGUUCUUCUCAGUUCGGCUUUGCAUCUUCCUUGUUCGUCUCUGUUCGAUGCCGACGGCUUGUGGUCAUUCUUUGUUCUCUGACUUCCCUCUGUCAUGUUCGUCUCUGUUCGUCGCUGACCGCUGUGUUCUCUCUCUCGUUCGACUCCGUUCAUCGCCUCCGCCGUCUCUUUCUCUGACUCCCUGCUCCAUCUCAUCCACCCCACCAGUUCACAACUUCAGGUCUAGAAGGAAAAAUGCAUUCCGAAAUGUAAGUGAUCGUGUGUGGAAGCAUGGGAUUGAUAUUCAAGGCAAAGAUGAUGUUGAUAACAUGUCCGGAUGUAAAUGGAGUCAUGUUGCAAUGGCUAGGAGGAAAGCUUCUCUUGAUUCUGAUAUAGGAAAGUCCAAUGAAAAUGAUGCAGUGGUGGAAAAGAAGACUUCUAGAUCAUCUAAAACGAAGAGGGUGACAGCGAGGACGAAGAAAAAAUCCACAGAUGGGUCCCCUGAGGAGAACAUUGAUGCUUCCGCCAAUGAAGGCUUAACUUCCUCUAGCGAUGAUUCCAAGAAGAGAACUCGAAGGACUCGAAAAAAAGUUACAUCUGUAUCUGCUGAUUUGGAAGAAGAUACGGAAGUCAAGGAAGAGAAAAAGGUUCGAAGACGAAGGAAACCUAAGGAGGAGAAGGUAAUUAUAGAGGAUAAGGCUAGCGAAGGUGAAACAAGUGACAAAGAGGAGACUUCCUUUAUUGAAAAUGUGGAUGAUGAAAGUGAUGAUGACUUAGAAUGGGUAAAUUAUGAUGAAGAAGAUAUUAGCUAUACUUAUGGUUGGCCUCCCCUUGUUUGUUGCUUUGGAGCCGCACAGUAUUCAUUUGUUCCUUCGGGGAGGCCAGCCAAUAGGCUUAUAAAUCAUGACAUUCAUGAAACAAUGAAGGAUGCAUUGUGGAGCCCUGAAAAAUUUGUCAGGGCCCCUGGUACCUCGGCUGGUACUGUUGCCAUUGCUCUUGCCAGCUUGGGUGGUAAGGUUGCUUUCAUGGGAAAGCUUGGGGAUGACGAUUAUGGUCAAGCAAUGCUGUAUUAUAUGAAUGUGAAUAAAGUUCAAACCCGAUCAGUCCGUGUUGAUAGUAGAAGGUCUACUGCUGCGUCAUCGAUGAAGAUUGGUAAAAGGAGUAAACUGAAAAUGAGUUGCGUAAAACCCUGUGCUGAAGAUUGUUUGACAAAGACAGAGAUAAAUGUUGAUGUGCUGAAAGAGGCAAAAAUGUUCUACUUUAGCACACAUUCCUUGCUUGAUCGUAACAUGAGAUCCACUACACUACAAGCGAUAAAGAUUGCGAAGAAAUUUGGAGCAGUUGUUUUCUAUGAUCUAAACCUUCCUAUGCCACUAUGGCAAUCUAGGGAAGAAACUAAAACUUUCAUUCAGAAAGUAUGGAAUCUAGCAGACAUUAUUGAGGUCACUAAGCAAGAACUAGAAUUUUUAUGUGGGAUCACACCAACAGAAGAAUUUGACACCAAAAAUAACGAUUGGUCCAAGUUUGUCCAUUAUGAACGUGAAGUGGUAGCACCACUUUGGCAUGAGAAGCUUAAGAUUUUGUUUGUGACUAAUGGAACUUCCAAGAUACAUUACUACACUCAGGAGUUUGAUGGUGCUAUUCUUGGUAUGGAGGACCCUCCGAUCACCCCAUUCACUUGUGAUAUGUCAGCAUCUGGAGAUGGCAUUGUUGCAGCUCUCAUGCGAAUGUUAACAGUUCAGCCUGAUUUCAUAACUGAUAAAGAAUACCUGGAGCGUAGCAUCAAGUAUGCAAUUGAUUGUGGGGUUGUAGACCAAUGGAUUCAAGGCCGAGUGCGUGGCUUUCCUCCACGCGAAGAUAUGGAUGACGUGAUUCCCGACGACAAUGGUAUACGCUCAAUUACUGAAACCGAAUACCGCACGAUAAAGAGUGACCGAGAAUUAGAGCCUGAGGACGCAUUAGAGCCUGUUAGUUGAUCCAUGCGCGUAGUAAUAUUAGUUUUCCCCUUGUGUUUUCGCAUAGAAUCAUAGUGAGGCUUUCAUCCCGUGUACAGAAAACUGAGUGUUAUUUAUAUAUUUGCCUUGCUGUUGUUUUUCCGUUGUUAGUUAUAACAUUAGGCAUCUGUAUUAACAUUUUUUGGCUAUAUCAAUGGCAUCGUCAUGAUCAAAUAUCAAAGAAAUUCCGUUCCA